CUCCUUCCCAAUCUCAUAUUCUGUGUAUAUAUAUAUCAAUCCACCUUUCUAUUCUUUCCCUAUAAACCAGUUUCGUACUUUUCCAUUUCGACACACAUCUUUCUGAGUUGAAGUUUAACUAAGAUGAGGCCUGGUGCGGAGUUGUAUUGCUUUCACGAGCAGCCAAGGAAGGUGAUCAACGGUCCUCGUCCUUCUCCUUUGAUGAUCAACAAAGAUUCCCACAUGAUACGAAAGCCUUCAAGGUGUGUUGAUGCAGAAACCACACUCCAGAGGCCACAGAGGAUUAAACCCAUCAUCAUUUACACUCAAUCACCCAAGGUUAUCCACACCAAGGCCAAAGAUUUCAUGGCUCUUGUUCAGAGACUCACGGGUAGGUCAAGCCCCAAACACAACGUCUCCACUGCCUCACUGCCUCAAGACACCUCUGAGAAUCUCGGAUCAUAUUUGUCUGAUGCUUCCAACAACAACAGUAAUGAAACAAGUUCAACUCUUAGGAGGGGUGCUGAGAAUUUGAUAGAGAACGGUGCAAUUGUUCCAUGUAGUCCUUCUCAUCUCGAUUUUUCUGAUAUGCCACUUUUCACUCCAAAUCCCUCGGAUCUCUUUUGCUCAUCUCGAUCAUUUAAAUAUUCUGAUUCCCCAUAUGGGGUUUUGGGAAGUUUGAUAUCCCCUUCCGCUUUGGAAUUCAUGAAAGAACUGUCUGAAUAUUGAUACCAUCUCAUAGGGUUGAACUUGGUCUCGUUAAGUAAUGGUUCAGUUUCUAUGUUGAAAUAGGUUGGUCUCUUUAGCAUUAUUUCUUUCUUCUGUAAAUUUUUUUGUAUUAGUGUGACGGAGCUGAACAACUAUGAUACUGGCUACCAUCAAAUUAGUGUGAACUGUAGCAGAUUUAAUUCAAUUCAUUCUUUCUGAACAUGAGAAUAAUAUGUUCAUCAGUUUCAUUUUGCUA